GCGCACACGCGAGCAUCGGCGCGCCCGUUCACGUGCGCGCGCGCGCGGUCAAGUGUCGAGUCAGUUGAUUUCUGGUGCGGGCUAUGAGGAGCGCGUGGUGAGGGCGGACUUCACCGCAGCGCGCGCAAGCAUGCCCAGGGCUUUUCUCAUCGCCAGGAGGCGAUACGGCGCCGACGCUGCCGCCGAGGAGCUCGAGGACGUUGCCAGGGAGUACAGUCCCGAGCGCGGGGUGCGCCUCGCGGACUACGGCGGCGGCCAGCAGCCGACGUCGGACGGCGCGAGCGACUGCAGCGUGGGCAGCGACAGCUCGAGCGAGUGCCCCGACGAGCUGUACAACCUGACGAAGCUCGCGGAGGUGAGCCUGGCCGCGGCGGCGGGCACGCUCGUCCACCCGGCGCAGCGCUGCGACUCGGAGGCCGAGAGGACGCGGGCCUUCUUCGAGAGGAUCGAGGCCGAGCGCGAGAGCCUGGUCGAGCUCAAGUCGCGCGGCCCGGGCGAGCGCGCGGACGGGCCGGCGGAGGGCGGCGCGUGCCCGGCCGAGUUCAAGGCCGAGGAGCAGCGGCGCGAGCGCUCGGCCGCGCCGGCCGGCGACGCGCGCUGCGCCAGCCCGGCGGCCGCCCAGCAGGGCGACGAGGAGCACGAGUGCCCGGACUGCGGCAAGAAGUACUCGACCUCGUCGAACCUCGCGCGCCACCGCCAGACGCACCGCUCGCUGGGCGACAAGAAGGCCCGGCGGUGCCCCCACUGCGACAAGGUCUACGUCAGCAUACCGGCCUUCAGCAUGCACGUGCGCACCCACAACCAGGGCUGCAAGUGCCACUACUGCGGCAAGUGCUUCUCCAGGCCGUGGCUGCUCCAAGGGCACAUUCGCACGCACACCGGCGAGAAGCCAUUCAAGUGCACGAUCUGCAACAAGGCCUUCGCCGACAAGUCCAACCUGCGGGCGCACAUCCAGACGCACUCGAACACCAAGCCGCACGUGUGCCAGCGCUGCGGCAAGGCUUUCGCGCUCAAGUCCUACCUGUACAAGCACGAGGAGUCGUCGUGCAUGCGAGCGCACCACUUGCAGCAGAGGUCGUCGAGCGCGACCGCGAGGGAGGCCUCCAAGAGCCCGUCGUCCACGCCCACCUCCGUCAUCGUGCCGCCCAGAAGCUCGGCUUUCGCCACGGUCGUCAAGCACACCGGUCCCGAGGCGACCGCUCACCUGCCCGGCAAAGACCUACUGUCGCGGAUGGUUAUCAGAACCUCGGUCAUCUCGCCGAAUCCGGAACAUUUGGCGAGGUUCGCCGAGAAGAAAGCUAGCCAGCAGAACCUUUUGGAUCUCAAUGAUCCCAGUCGAGUUUCGGCCUUCUCGAGGCCGCAAUCGAUCACUUUCAAUUUGGCUAUCGCUUGAGGAUCCUCUCGCUUUCUCGAGUGCGCCGCCAGAAUUGCGCUUGAAACUUGCGAUUGAUUGCUUGCGUUUUCGCGACGAGUCAUAUUCCAGCUUUCGUAUCCUAAUAGGGACCACUUAGACGACACAAUUUGUUGUGUUUUAACGAUGUAAAAGUGACUUUCCGCCAACAAACAGACAAUGAAACUGUUUCGCGCGAAAAAAUGAAUGAAAAUCAAGUGAUGUUUGUUUGAAGCGUCGUCGAGUCAAAUCUUGCAUUCUGUAAAUAUAAAUUUUAAGAGCAAGCCUUUAUCUUCUUUUCUCUCGUUUUCUUUUUUAAUCUAAGUGUAUGGUUAAUUUUAAUUGUACUUUGCCAAAGGUGCUCAUUUUUCUUCGCAGUGCCAUAUCUAAGUAGCGAGUAGAAGAUUGAAUAUAUAUAUAGCGGUACGAGCUUACGUUUCUUACUUUUCUGUUCUUUUCUUUUUUUUUUAUUGCCCACGUUAUGGCAGCUUGAGAUGUAUAAAUACAAUGCGAAUAUAAUUCUAGUUUGUGAGUUUUCACCACUUGCACGCUCGUCAUAAACGCGGAAUGCAAAUUUUCCGUGAGAAAAACAACUGCAAUAAAUUUUAGGUUGCUCUGUAUUUCUUUUCUUUUCAUUUAUAAUCUCGUUUCUUUUCUUUUAUUUUUUUUUAUGGGAUCGCUCUUGUAGGCGAUAGAGUGUAUGUGCUAGUCAAACUCAUCUUGCGAUCUUUCGAUGCCCAAAUCGUAAAAUUUGACUUUGACUUUAGGCGUCGGCUUACGUCGAAAUUCAACGAAUGCAGUGUACAUACGGAAAAAAAUUGUUGACGUUAUUUUGUGCUCGAUUGAACAUUAUAUACACACAUGCACACCAUCGAACUGACAAAGAAAACAUACGAUAGGAAGCAUAGCGGGACAAUGUAAAGAUUACCCGCAAGAUCAAGAUGAUGUUAUUUUUGAUAUUUAAAAUUAAAAUGUCCUAGAAACUUAAUCGACGGAUCAGAUGUGUAUGACCUAGUCAAAUAUCGAACAAUAAAACCAAUUUUCGUUUUGUUUUACUUUUCCUCACAAGUUUCAACUGAAAAAACAUGCUUGCAAAAAUGUAAACUUAUUUGUAGUUUUGCUUUUUUCUACGACGACCGCUCAAAUUGCUUGAUUCGAUUGUGACAGCUACAACUUGUAACUGUACUCAAUACAGCGUAGAAUGCUCAACAUUGUCGAUUGUCCUCUGAAAUUAUAAUCAACCAUUUUUUGCUAUACCUACGCUAAAGAUAAAAAGAGAAAGUCUGCUUGAUUAGAUUUAGCCAUACCAAAAAAUUUACUUCAGUCUGUUAUAUAUAUUUUUUGAUAAUAUAAAAUUAUAAGAAAAUUAUCAUUGUAUAUAUGGCAUUCCCUUACGGUACUAUGAUGUAAUUAUAAAGCGAGUCGUUUAAUUAUUACAUUUGUAUCCUAAACUAUGACUACAUCCUACACAGAGAGUGCCUUAAACUUUUUACCAACUUUUCUAUGACUUGUUAGAAAAACUUAUCUGCGAUUGUUAAAUAAAGAAGUUAUAUAUCCGAAA